AUGAAACAAUUCAAUGACUAUGACAAUGAAAUGACUGAAUUCAACAAUGAAGUUUCAAUGUUAGACAAAUUCCGCAGUGAGUAUAUAGUUCAUUUUUAUGGCGCUGUGUUUAUACCAAGUAAAGUGUGUAUGGUCACUGAAUUUGCACAAUUCGGGUCUUUACAAGAUUUAAUGAAGCACAAAAAUGCACUCGAAGUAAAUAUAUAUAUACGAGUAAAAAUGAUUAUGGAUGCAUCAAAGGGGAUAAUGUAUUUGCAUGAGAAUGGGAUUUUACACAGAGACAUCAAACCAGACAACAUUCUUGUAUUUUCAAUUAAUUUGAAUGAAAAAGUAAAUGCUAAAUUGACUGAUUUUGGGAGUAGUAGAAAAGUGAAUAUGAUGUUGACUAACAUGACUUUCACUAAGGGUAUCGGAACACCAAUAUAUAUGGCACCCGAAAUUUUGAAAAAGGAGAAAUACAAGAAGCGUGCUGAUAUAUAUUCAUUUGGAGUCACCAUGUUUGAAUGCUUAAGUUGGAAGGAAGCGUAUCCAAAAAAAGAUUUUAAAUACCCAUGGAAAAUAGCAGAAUUUGUAAUGAAUGGAAAACGUCUUGAAAACAUUCAUCACAUUCCUAACAACAUUUUUUAG